GUUCAGCUGCCACAGCCGUCAACUCCUUCACCAGUUCCAAGACAACUUGUACAAGCCACUAAUACCAGCAUGUUUGUACGUGUUCUAACGCUCCUGGAAGACAUUAAGGACACUCAGAGGGUCCACAGUAGAAUGCUGCAGUCUCUCCUCAAACAACCUGAUGGACCAGUUGAUGCAGUAUUACCUGAGGGUGCUGUAUUUCCCCUCCGGACAGUAGCAGACGUGGAAGCACUGGAGCAAAAACUGGCAGACCCUGUCUUCCUAAAAGAAGUGCAAUACUCUGAAGCUGCUCAGCUCUAUGAAAAAGGACAGUAUUAUGACAAAGCAGUCUCUGUCUACAUUCGCUGCAAAAACUGGACGAAGGUGUUCGCAUCGCCAGAGAGAUGCAGAGCAUCGAUGGAGCAAAGAUGGUUGCCAGGCACUGAGUGUACAAAAACAUUGGCAGUACCGUGUUAUGGCCAGUCUGAACGGGCGAACCAGGAGUUGGAGGCGGCCCUGCGCUGCUUCGCCUCUUCCAACCAGGCCAUCUGGAGUGAGGAACUGCCAUGGAUCGAAUACGCCCACAACAGCAUGACCUCCUCCGCCAUGGGCCGUUCGCCUUUCGAAGCUUCCCUGGGAUUCCAGCCACCUCUUUUCCCCUCCAUCGAAGGCGAACACUCAGUGCCGUCAGUUCAGGCGCAUCUGCGUAGGUGUCGUCGGGUAUGGAAGGCCACCCGGGCUGCAUUAUUACGCACCAAGGACCAUAAUAAACGCAUUGCUGACCGCCAUCGGCCCCCCACCUAUGCUGUUGGACAAAAGGUAUUGCUUUCCACAUGCUUCGUUCCCGUCAGGGCGGAAUCCAAGAAGCUCACUCCCACCUUUAUCGGCCCGUUCGAGAUCUCUGCUUUGGUUAACCCUGUGUCCGCCCCCUCCUCCUCCCCCCAGCUCGUGGAUGGUCUGCCGGCCUACUCUAUCACCCGUAUCAUGGAUUCUCGGCGCCGGGGGCGUGGCUACCAGUACCUGGUGGAUUGGGAAGGCUACGGCUUGGAAGACCGGCCCUGGAUCGCUCGGGCGGCCGUCCUGGACAAGCGCAUGCUGCGGGAGUUCCAUCGCCUGCAUCCGGGCUGUGAGCUGCCCUGA